AUGGCUUCGGUAUUUUCAGCAUUUCGAACUUCUGUCGUAAAGAACGUUUCUUGGAAAAGUAAUGUUGCUUUGUUGACUAGAGCAAGCAAUGGAUAUUUGAACCCCAAACUUGCACAUAAAUCAGCUUUUCAUUCGACACCAAUUCAUUUUCAAGCCUCCGAAAAGCCAAAUAAUCCCGUCUUUGGCUCAACAAAAUCAUAUGCCAAGAAAAUCGAAGAACUCUCAGAAUAUGGAAAAUAUUUAUUGUCCGUUCUCCCAAAGUACAUUCAACAAUAUUCCGUCUAUAAAGAUGAAUUAACAAUCUAUGUGGCUCCAAGUGCCAUAAUUCCUGUCAUAACCUUCUUACGUGAUCACACCGCGGCACAAUAUAAACAGGUACAAGAUAUAUGUGGUGUCGAUUACCCAACACGCGAAAAUAGAUUUGAAGUUGUAUAUAACCUAUUGAGUCUAAGGUAUAAUGAGCGAAUACGUGUAAAAACGUACACAGACGAAGUAAAACCGGUGCCAUCAAUUGUCCCUUUAUAUAGUGGGGCUAAUUGGUUUGAACGGGAAGCAUAUGACAUGUAUGGCAUUUUUUUCUCGGGACAUCCGGAUUUAAGAAGGAUUUUGACAGAUUAUGGGUUUGAAGGGCAUCCAAUGCGAAAAGAUUUUCCGUUGACUGGUUACGUGGAAGUAAGAUACGAUGAUGAAGUUAAAAGAGUGAUAGUAGAACCGUUGGAAAUGACUCAAGCAUUUAGAAAUUUUGAAGGCGCAGCAUCUCCAUGGGAGCAGACUGGACCUGGACGUGAUGAUCGUCCAGAAUCAUUCAAAGUUGAAAAGUUACUUGCAAAACCGGCAGCUGAAGCUGAAAAGAAAUAA